UCUGUGGUUGACAUUACAAUUCAAACAAGCCGAACGUUAUUGUUCUUUAUUAUUUAAUCAAAGCAGCGAAAAUAGACAUAAAUUCUCAAAUGAUUAGUUUUGUUAUUUGUAAAUUGUGAACAAUAAUUAAUUUUAGGCAUCCAUCAUGGAUUUAAAUGAAGGUACAACAACAGAAGACUUGUGGACACCUUACAAGGAAUUGGUGGCAGUAGUAGAAUGCUACCUCACAAAUGAGAGUGAAGGAACUCCAUAUGCAGUGCACACUUUUGAGUCAGUUCUUAGACGGCAUAAACAGACAUUCCUGGCUUUACUGAAGAAUCCUGCAAAGAAUGCAGCGAGCAGGGAGGAAAUAAAACGGGGUAUAACUGAGGGUGUGAACCUCCCCAGUGUUGGCCGGACAUUUCUAUCCAAAGAGCUUGUAGAUGAAGCUAUAAUUAUAUCUGAUAUGUACAAUGCCAAUGAAUAUGCCUGUUUGGAACUGCUUCACACAGCACAGAGACAGAGCCCUACACAGCCAGGCUUGGCUCGGGGUCUGUUGGCAAUCAUUCUGUACUAUGAAGGGCGUAGGGCUCUGGUGCAAGCCUUGCGAGAACUAGUUAUGGCAAGAGAUGGAGUAUCAUGGUCAGUGAAUGCUCGGGAGGAAAUUAUAAUCUAUGUAACACGUUAUGUGGACCAUCUCAUAUCAGAUGGGUUGUUGGGAAAUGUGCUAGAUGCACUCCGAAGUCCAUUGGAUAAUGAAAUAGAUCUUCUAAGAAGGAAUAGAGCUUUGCCACCAAGGAGAUACCAAGUGAAGCUGCUUUCAUGUAUGCAGACGACUAGAAAGUUAUUGGCGGGAACAGUUUUCGCAGCAUCAGCACAGCGAGGAUUGGAAAGGGAUAUUUUGUUGAGAUUACUGUCCGAGGAAUCAACAUCGCCGUCUCGAGGUGCGACAGGUGCGUUGGACGAAAUCUCGUUAGCGCUCCAAAUGGCGUUACUCUACGCGUUGGAUCUUUCAGUUUUACACAGGCGUGAAGACGGUGAGGAAUUAGCAAAGAAACUACCGCUCAUCCAAGAUCCAGACCUCAUAUCAGUAUUACUUGACGAGCUGUCUCCAGUCAGCCACCCGGAGAGCAAGCCAUCUGGUCUUCGAGCGCUAUGCCAGCUGGCCCUCGGUUUAGCUUUGAGUGCUCUGAAGAGGGCACCAGUGUCCCUGUUGAAGAAGGGCAACGAGUCGAGAUGUGAGGCGUUGGAUCAGGAUGAGGUGCUGGUGGAUGCCGCUAUUGAUGGAGAGGUGUUUGAAUAUCUGGACGAAAUGAUACUGUCGUCAGACGUAGUGGCGUCAGAGGAAUACUACCAGAAGAGGAUCCACUCUCUCAUCACAGAUUUCAUUGUACUGAUGCACUCCAAACUGAUGGAGAUGCGGGUUAAGGCGGACGAGUCGGCGCGCGCGGCGCAGAUGUACGCGGCGGAGGGGCUGGCGCCGCCCGCCGCGCCCACAUGCGUGUGCGUGGGCGUGGGCGUGUACCUGUGCGUAGGCGUGUACGUGAAUGUUAGUGUGGUAAGUAAAUGUAAAAUGAUAAUAAUAUUAACCAUUGGUGUGCAGGUGGAGUGCCGCAUGGAGCAGUACCCGCUGUCCCUGGCGUUCCUCUCCCUCCUGGACUCGCUGUGCAGCGCGGCGCCCUUACCACGCACGCUGGGCGCGGGGGCGCGGCGCCCCGGCCUCGACCCGUACGUGGAGCACGUGGUGGGGCGCCUCGCCCUGCCCGCGCCGCACCGUCCCUACGUGGAGCCGCAAGACAAGUGGCAGAUGCUCGCCCUCUGCUUCCGGCUGAUCGCCCGCUGGCUGGAGCAGUACGAGCCGAGCGCGGCGGACUUCCCCCCGCCGCACCACGAGCCGGACUCGAACCCGCCGCCCGGCUUCCGGCUGCUGAUGUUCCUGCACACCAACUCGGAGCUGCUGCGGCUGGUGCUCACCACGCUGGAUGAAGCUUACGAGCUGAUGGACAAACAGCCGUUGGAGGACCAGAAAUACGUACAAGAAACACUAAUAAGCACGCUACAAAUAUUAGAGCGCGCGCUGGCGCUCGAACGUCCGCUCACGGCCGCUGCGACGGAGGCGAACCGCGCUGUCAUGCUUGUCGGCUUGUCUAAACUUAUUCUAGCGCCGCUGGGCCCGGAGAAGAGCGACCGGCUGGUGACGUGCUGCCGCGUGCUGCAGCUGGGCUGCGCCGUGCCGGCGGCGGCGGCGCGCGCCGUGGCGCUGCUGUGCCGCGCGCUGCAGGCGCCGCACUGCGCGCGCCACCUGCUCGAGUGCGUCGCGCUCACGCCGCACCGCGCGCCCCAAGUGCGGCACGGGUUCGUGGAGUGUCUCGAGGCGGAAGAGUGGGGUAGUCCGGAGAAUGUGGCGGCCACUAGACAGGCGAAAGAGGGCAUCGUGCUGCUGCUGCUGCAGUUGCUGCCGGCGGCGCCGCACAACCUGGCGCACUUCCUGCUUGGCUACCAGCUGCACGAUGAUGUGUCCCGCAGCGCGCUGCACGAAGCGGGCGUGGCGGGCGCGCCGCGCACGUGCCUGCACUCCAUACUCGAUAUAUUAGAUACGUAUAUCGCUAAGAAUGGAAGUGCUGAGAGGGAAGCAUCGACUCUAGUGGAAAGUUGCUACCGCCUGCUGUACUGGCUGGUAGCUCGGCCGGCGACUUCGCCCCCGGCGCUGCGCCUGCUUCGCGCCAGGGACUACUUCCUGGCGAGACACGUUAAAGCAACAAUUAAUCUUGAAAGCGCAUCGACGGCGACGCUGUCGGCGCGCUCGUGGGUGCUGCGCGCGUGCGCGUGCGAGGCGGGCGCGGCGGGCGGCGCGGGGCAGCACGCCGCGCUCGCCGCGCUGCUCGCCGCGCUCACGCGCUCGCCGCACGACCACGCGCCGCAGGACUGGGAGUCGUGCGUGAUCCGCACGUCGCUGGAAGCGUUGCCGAUGAGCGUGGCGCCCGUCGCCGAGCCGCGAUGGGAGCUGUUCCACGCUAAUCAGCUCAGACACGCCAUUUCUGGUUGUGAUCUACCCACAGGUCUAGGUGGGAAGCGUAUCAGUGUGUCCCGCGUGCACGCGCUGCUGGCCCGCGAGCUGGCCGCGCUCCGAGCCUCCGCCCCGCAGAGGAACCUCGUCGCUGGAGAGAUACAGAAGGUUUUGGACUAUGUAACGGAAGUGAACAAACAACGCAAUCUAGCGGCCACUCUCACACACUACUACGAUUCGUGGCGUCAGCUCACUGAAAUCAUUUUCUGCGUGGCGCCGCAUGAUCUCCUUAGCUUGGAUUCUAAAAAGACCCUCCUCCUAAACAUACUCCAGGACCUCUUGAACAAGAUACCACCGGCUGAAGUCCUUCCACAAAUUGGCAACCUUGCAUCCGGAACUGUUCUAUUACUCCUAGUGAACUUACGACACUGUUAUAUAUUACAAAAGCGAGAAUCAAACUUAAAAUCGUCGGAAUUUGAAACGACCUUCUUCGGACCGUCAAAUCAAAUCAUGCAAACGAAAUCUUUGACCCUCAAAUUCAUAUUGCACAAAAUAUUGAGCUGGAUCUUAGUUUCUGGUGGGUCGACGCAGAAAAUGAGGGUGAAUCUAUACGGAGCGCUACUAAACUUCUUGAAUAUCGUGAAUUUGAAGCCGAGCGCCGCGGAUCCGGAAGAAGAAUGCAAUUCUACUUAUGUGUCUCGAUUGGACAGUUCGAAAUCGCGGCCGAGCAAAGAGGAGUCGAGUUUGAAGUCCAUGGUAGUGGAAGUGAUAAGCAGUUUUGGUGAGAACCUGUGCUCGAUAGUGUGUAGUGACUGUGUGGGCGGCGGCCACGACGUGUGCAGGAUGGUGGCGCUGUCGUGCUUGGACACGCUGAUAGAAAUCAACCCGGGGACCGAUUGGAUGAACACGUUGAACAAUCAGGGGUAUCUGCGGAGCCUGAUCGACAGUCUGCUGCAGGACGAUGAAGGAUUGAAAGAGGCGCUGGAGCCGAACCCGAAGACGCUCCGCGUGCUGUACGUGUACGAGUCGAAGCUGGCGCUACUGAUCAAGAUCUCGGGCACGCGCGCCGGCGCCGAGACGGUGCUGGCGGGCGGCGCGCUGGCCUGCCUCGCCAACCUGCGCGCGCUGCACGCGCACCCCGACACGCACGCGCCCGCCGCCUGCGCGCGCGACACCGCCUUCCUGCCCUCCGUGUCGCACAGGUUCCGGCAGAUGCUGGUGCCCGCGCUGGCGCUGUGCGACGCGCUGCUGACCACGCUGGGCACGCAGAACCACAGCUGCGCGCUGCACAUCACGCACUUCCUGCUCAGCCACGCCGAGUGCGUCGACGUCGUGCUCAGGUCGACGCAGCCGAACUCGCCGAGCGGGCUGCUGAGCGAGGCGGCGGCGCUGACGUCGGUGCUGGCGCGCACGGCGGAGCGCGACGUGGUGCGCGCGUGCGCCGGCGCGCCGCUGCGCCGCCUGCACGCGCUGGCGCACGCGCUGCUGGCGCGCUUCCAGGCGCCGCCGCGCGCCGACGCGCCCGCCGACUCGGACGACCAGCUGCUCUACUAUAAGAUUGUAUGCAACCUGCUGCUGUUCGCGCGCAACACGAUCGACAGCGAGGCGUGGAGCGCCCCGAGUGGCCCCGGCGCCGCCAGCUCCCCCGGCGCCGCCAGCUCCCCCGGCGGCGCCAGCUCCCCCGGCGGCACGGUGGAGGACGGCACGCGGCGCGCCGGCGCGGCGGCGCUUCAGCUGCUGCAGCGGAUGCUGGAGCGGCUGCACGCGCACGACAAGCUGCUGGCCACCGUGCAGCACCAGCUGCACAGCGUGCCGGCCAUGACGCUCACCGACAUGAAGAAGCUAGUGGAGGGGGAGGAGGGAGGGGAGGAGGCGGUGAGCGCGGCGCGGCCGGCGGAGGCGCGCGCCGCAGUCGUGGCGCGGCUGCGGGCGCGCGCGCACGUGCGGCGCGAGGUGCGCGCGCUGUGUGCGCACGCGCUGCACGCCGCGCUCUACCUGCUGUGGGCGCACACCAGGAUCUACCUGAGGGCCGCGUUCGCCGCGCACACCAAUCGAUAUAACGUACCACCACGAACGGCUGUAUCGAACGCGAUGGCAGGUGAAGAGGCUCUGCAGCUGCGGAACUCGCUGGUGGCUGUGUUCACCGACCGGUUCACCGAUGAACUGCUGGAGACUGCUAAGAACGAACCCCAAAUGCAGCGCGGCUUUUUGGAAGUGUUGGUGAAAGAUUUGAAAACGAUGAUACAAUUUGCGCCAGUGUGACCCCAGAUAUAGUUAUAUGUUGAUUUGUAUUUAAGACCGAGCGAUGAUUGUGAAAUAAAUGAUUUUUGUAAUAUUUA